AUGGCUUGCUGCCUAUUCCUAAGGGUUUCAGCAGCACCUACUAAUCCGUCCAGGGAUGUGGAAGAUGAUCCUGAAUUGACGGCAGGCUAUUUCGAAGGCGAUAUGGAGCUAGAUGGUGACAUGAAUAGUCGAAAUGGUUUAAGAGACGUUGCCAGACGUUGGCCCAAUGCUACAAUACCAUACAAAAUUGAUCCAGAGUUUGCUGAUCCGUAUGUUGCGUACAUUAAAUUGGCCAUGAUGCGCAUUGAAUUGGUCUCUUGCAUUCAGUUUGUGGCAGCUGCCGAUGAUGCCGAAGAUUAUGUUUUAAUUUUGACUUCGACCACAGGAUGCAGUUCAAAUGUUGGCUAUCAACCAGGAGAACGUACAGUUAAACUGAAACCAGGAGAGUUGGAUAAAGGUUGCUUUAGACUUGCCAGCAUACAGCACGAACUAUUGCAUACCAUGGGCUUUCAUCAUCAACAAAGCUCCGAUGAUCGUGAUGAUUACGUUCUAAUUGUCGAAGAAAAUAUAAGGGACGGAUAUGCACAUAAUUUUAAGAAAUAUGAAUCUGAAGUUAUUGAAAAUUUUGAUCAGUCUUACGACUAUUCUAGCGUUUUGCAUUACAGUUCAUUAGCAUACUCCAAUAAUGGCGAGCCAACCAUAGUGGCACUCAACGCAGAGGGUCAGUCUAAAAUGGGACAGAGAUUACAGAUGACUGCAACUGAUAUAAAUCGACUUAAUGUUAUGUACAAGUGUCCACUUCAAAUGUAGACUUAAUGUCUAAUUUUUGUAAGCAAUUUAAACGAAAUGUGUAUAACAAAUGAAUUAUUUUACCCUCUGUGAAAAACAGUCCAGUCCAGCUAAUAAAAUACCAAAAAUAUA